UGUCGGUCCCAAUAACCGAGCUGCGGAUAUAAAACAGCACCGUUUUGCCCCAUUCCCCUGUGCGAAACCCUUAUUCUCCCAAAAUCAAAAUCAAAAUCAGAGUGAGUUUUUGUGUGUGUGAGAAUGAGUAGGGUUUGCGGUAAGGUGAAGUGGUUCAAUGACCAGAAGGGUUUCGGUUUCAUAACCCCCGACGAUGGCGGCGAAGAACUCUUUGUUCAUCAAUCUUCGAUUCGAUCCGAAGGGUUUCGCAGCCUCGCCGAGGGUGAGUCCGUUGAGUUCGCCAUAGAGUCCGAUCCUGAUGGACGCACCAAGGCCGUUGAUGUCACUGGACCUGAUGGCUCUAACGUUCAGGGGAGUCGCCGUGGUGGAGGCGGUGGCGGAGGUGGUGGAAGGAGUUACGGCGGUGGACGAGGCGGCGGCGGAGGCUAUGGUGGUGGAUAUGGUGGUGGAGGAGGCUAUGGCGGCGGCGGCGGUGGUGGCGGAAGCUGCUACAACUGUGGGGAUUCUGGUCAUUUUGCAAGGGACUGCCCAACAGGCUCUCGCUGAAAAUAGAACGUAUGAUGUUUUAAUGUGUCUGCUCAUUACUUUUUGCGUUUGACAUAGAGAAUGGGUAGAAGGGUUUUCAAUGAUUUGCGUUUUGUUGGGGGGUGGUUUCUCGAUUUUAAUUUCCGAGUUUUUAUGUUAGGGUUUUAUCUAUUUUGAUGAUGGAUCUGUUAGAUUAUGUGCUUGGCAACUCUGCUUUCUUAAUAUUACAAUCAAAUUAGGUGUUUCGUUUUGUUCGGAUUCGGGAAACGGAGGAGCUCUCUUUAAUUUUUUUGUCAAAGUUGUGAAAUCAUUUGCAUGUAUGGCUCUCUGUUUCCGAGCCUGGUUAAGACAUGGUGAACAAGAUUUGAAAUUACUUUUGCUCAUGCUGGAACAUGUGGUUUAGUUUCUAUAA